AACUCUGCAACUAAUCUUCGGUAAUCUUGAGUGAGGCAUUUAAAUCCAGGGAAUAAGCCUAUUUUUUUCCCAAGCUUAUCAGUAGAACAAAAAAAGAGAAGAAAAGGGAAGCAAAGUCCAGCCAGUGUUCUAAAAUUUGUUUCAUGUGAGCAGUGUCCUGACUUUCUUCGGGUAGCAAAUUCUCCUGCAGUGCAAUUUCCUAUGCAUGGCUGAAGAACAUUAAAAGAAGAGCUGCUUCAGGGUUUGAAUAGGACUCACAGCAGAGCCAUGGCAAUCGCUACCCUGGCUGUGUAUCAUUCCCUUGUUUUUGUCUGGUAUGUUUUUGUAACUUAUUCAAUCUCACUCGUAAGAGCAGAAGACCGGCCGUCUGAAGUAUUCCUUUAUGGUAGGCAGUGGAAAUAUUUGACAGUUCUCAAUCUGGUUUUGCAGGCUGUUUUCUAUGGAGUCUCCUUCCUGGCUGAUGUGCUGAGACUAAUUAAGAAACUGCAAAGUGUUAAGUACAUAAUUUCCUGCAGAGACCUUCUCUUCAGUGUCCUGGCUUUCCCUGUGGCCACGUUUGUGUUUAUGUCCUUUUGGGUGCUGUAUACAUACAACCGAGAACUGGUUUACCCCAAGAGCCUGGAUGGCAUCAUUCCAAUGUGGCUAAAUCAUGCUAUGCACACUGUUGUAUUGCCACUUGCUCUGCUGGAGAUCUUUGCUACCCCACACCGUUAUCCAUCAAAGAAGAAAGGACUGAUCCUAUUAGGAUUUGUUUCUCUUGCCUAUCUCAGCUGGGUCCUGUGGAUUUACUCUGUGACUGGAGAGUGGGUAUAUCCUCUCUUCACCUUUUUCAGCCCAAUGGGUCUAGCGGCCUUUUUCUGCAGUAGCCUUGUGCUCAUUGUCUGGAUCUACAACACCGGAGAGUUUCUCAACCGUAUGAUUUGGGGAGAUUCAAUAGUAAUACUGGAAUACAAGAGAAAGGGCAAAUGAAGCUUUCUUUUCAAAGGAGUGCUCCUUCCAUGAAUUUUGAAACCAUGAAGUAGUAAAAAAGAAAUAACACCACGAAACUCCUUCUUCUACGUACUUUGUCUUCUGGUGAAUCCAUUUGGUCAUCACCACCAUGAAAACUGGUGGAAAAUAUUAAAGAAUAGUAUUUUACAGCCUGGUUGUGAAACAAAGUAACUGAUACGAAUAAGGAAAUGCAUACAUCUGUGCACAAGAUUUCUCAUCCCUUGCACAACAUAUAUGAGGAUAUGUCUGUGGUAAACUUGUAACGGGCAAAUAAAUUACCUCAUGAUUUUGCAGUGGGACUUGGACCACAUCUUUAAAUGCCCUGUGAAAGCAAGCAAUCUUUACUCAGCACUCGCUUGGCUCAACCAAUGUUUUUCUAGAAGUCCAGUUGGAAAAAUAAAAGAAUAAUAAUUUUUUCAACCUUGCCAUGACUUCCAAACUGAAAAAAAGAUAAAUUAUGCUAAUGAACGACUUAUUAAGAAUGUUUGCUCAGCCCAUUCACCAUGAAGCUACCAUUUGUGCAACAGAAACAUUCUGGAAUAUUAAUAUGCAUAACCUAUUCUUCUUAGUUUUCAACAAGAACGUGACACUUUUUCUUUUUUUGGGGGGGGGUUUCAGAUAAUCUUGAAGCAAAAAUAAGCUAAGUAAUUACACUGACCAUAUGAUUGCUUUGACAGAAAGUAUGUUAAUUGAAAGCAUGGUUUAAAACAAAGCUGCCUGAAAUAAAAUUAUAUUACAUUCAUAUGUUUACUAACCUUGCUUGAUAUGUUUGAUUUUUAUUACUAGCCUCAACAUUUUGUUAACUGGAAAGGUGCUUUGAAAUCCAAAUAA